GGCGCACCAACCCCCCGAAUCCCAGCAAAGAUCCGCCCCAGCCAGGGCCCCAAAGCCCCCGAUAGCCACAACGACCGCGUCAACGGUUGACUUUGUCGGCGCGUCUCCCCACCACGAACCACUUGCCCUGUGUUUAUCUUCCAUCGAUGGUAUCAAAUACCGGUAAGUACGUACUUCAAUGGCGCCCCUGGGAGUAAGUUACGCAACGCUUGCGAUGACAUCUCUAACAUUCUUCUAAUGUAUCUUCAGAGCCAAGUCGAGGAACCAAUCAACCUCCCCUUCCGCCUCGUUUCUGGAACUAUUGGGCAAGGAGCAUACGCAUUCAUCCGAAAAGCCUGUCCCCUCAAAGACGUAAAACCCAUCAUCGCCGUCAAAUUUAUCAAUAAAGAACAAGCCUUCCGAAUCGGACGAUUGACGCAAAAGAAGCUCGAAAACGAAGUCAUCCUGCACAAGCACCUGGGGAAGCACCAGAACAUCAUAGAAUGCAUCGGUUUCGGAGGCGAUCCGAGCUGGCUAUGGAUCCAGAUGGAGCUGGCUGAAGGCGGCGAUCUGUUCGACAAGAUCGAGGCUGAUGAAGGCGUGGGGGACCGGGUGGCACACCUGUACUUCACCCAGUUGAUCAAUGCGGUCAGCUAUAUGCACGACAAGGGGAUCGCGCAUCGCGACUUGAAACCGGAGAAUAUCUUGCUGUCCGGCGGGGGGAAUCUGAAGCUCGCGGAUUUUGGACUAGCCACUUUGUUUCGGCACCGGAAUAUCGAAAAGCGGUGUACGACGGUUUGCGGAAGCCCGCCCUACAUCGCGCCGGAAGUCCUGGCCCAGAGGUCGAACAAGAAAGGAAACGAGCUAGAAUCGGGGUACCAGGCCGAUAAGGUGGACAUCUGGUCAUGCGGAAUCGUAUUGUUUGUCCUCCUGGUCGGCAACACGCCGUGGGAUGAGCCGACGAUGAACAGUUACGAGUUCAUGGAGUUCGUCAAAUUGGAGGGACGAACGACGGACGAGCUAUGGACGAAACUGGACUCCUCGGUCACGUCCUUACUGAGAGGCAUGUUGAAGCUUGACAGUGCCCAACGCUUCUCGCUGCAAGAGGUCCGGACCCAUCCUUGGUUCACGGAGCGGAACCCUUACCUCGACGCGCGUGGGAGGAUCGCGAAUCCGGUGGUGCUGGCGACGCAAAUGCUCGAAUCCUUACACAUUGACUUCGACUCCAAGCCGACUUUCACACCGCAUCGAAUGGACGCCAUGGACAUGGACCAACCACAAAUCAGCAUGACGCAGCCCGAGACACUGGUCGGGGAGAUGUCACUGGACUGGGAACGGGUGCCUCACUUCCAGGAGGGCGUGAGUCUCAGCCAGCCGACCGAUAUCCGAAGCGGCGGCACGAUCUCGCAUUCGCUCCUGAGCUACCUAGCCGAAGAUCCGUCGCUGUCGCAAUUCACCGCUACGCCCGCCGUCCCCUUGACGCUGACCCAGCAGGCGAGGCAUUUCAAGGACAUCAUGCCAUCGUUCUCCCUCACUCGAUUCGUCUCGCCCCGAUCCCUGACGCUGCUUCUCCCUCUGCUUAAAGAGGCAAUGCAUCGCUUGGGUAUACCGGCAACGGAACGAAUCACGGACAGUGGAGCCGUCGUCGAAGUCAAGACCAUCGACGGACGGAAGCAGGCUCUGGCGGGAGCUAUUUUGGUGGAGCGAUAUAACAAUGAGCUGCUGGAGGUCCGAUUCCUGAAGAAAAAGGGUGACCCUCUGGAGUGGCGGCGGUUGUUCAAGAAGGUGGUGAUCCUUUGCAAGGACGCCAUUGCCGUCCCGGAGCAUUGAAUGCGGGAAUUGUUUGUAUAUCAUGAUGUCGGGAUGGGUGUUGAAUGACAUGUACGAGGUAUGAGGAUAAACCCGUCUAUAUCUACGGCGUCCUAUAUAAUGCCAGAAUGAAGCCCUUUCGGGAGUCGCCGAAAACCGACCACUUUUUAUGUAUCACGCAUUCCCACACUUAUACAUAGAACAUGGCUAUGCUUCCAUUUGACGUCCUACAAACUCGACUUCAGCGCCUCGAUAGCGUGGUCGAUAUCCGUUCGGUCC